UCAUUUGCAUCUUCUACAUAUAUACUUACUAAGAAGAGAUAUAUUAUAGAAAUGGCUUCACGCUUUCUCCUCCUUGCCCUCUUUGCUCUUGUGUUUUCUCAGGCCAUUGCCUCGGAUCCUAGUCCUCUCCAAGACUUUUGCGUUGCCGAUAAGAACUCUCCAGUGUUUGUGAAUGGACUUGUUUGCAAGAAUCCAAACUUCACUACGCCCGAAGAUUUCUUCUUUUCGGGGCUUGACCAACCCGGUAACACAACGAACAAACUCGGGUUCGCUGCGAAUCUAGUUGACGUAAUGGCGAUUCCCGGACUCAACACGCUCGGCAUUUCGUUACUCCGAUUGGACUUUGCACCCAAUGGUCUCAUCCCACCUCACAUUCACCCACGAGCGACCGAGAUCUUCACGGUUGUGGAAGGCACAUUCUAUGUUGGUUUCGUUACAUCUAACCCCGAAAACAGGCUCUUCUCCAAAGUCAUGAACAAGGGCGACGUGUUUGUGUUCCCCGAAGGGCUUAUUCACUUCCAGUUUAAUAUCGGAAAGACAAGUGGCUUUGGCAUUUCAGGUCUCAGCAGUCAGAAUCCUGGCCUGAUCCUUAUAGCUAACACAGUCUUUGGGUCGAACCCUCCCAUCUCCGAUGAUAUUCUCGCCAAGGCAUUUCAGCUGGAUAAGAAGAUUGUAGAUUGGCUCCAAACUCAGUUCUAAAUGAUCAAGAGCAAUCAACGUCCUGGAAGGGCACUUUUAACUUUAUUUAUGAUCUUAAUAGUUAAUUAGUUGGUUGUUUGUGCUUGUUCUAAAUAAGCAAACACUUUGUAUCUGUUUGCAUGCAUUUCAAUAAUAAAUUUAUGUACUGUUUGAUUUGUAA